ACGCGUCUUCCAGCAGGACAAUGACCCCAAACAUACUUCAAAAAAAAAAACCCACAGAUGGAUUGAAACAAAAAGCUGGAAAGUUUGAAGUGAUCAGCACUGAGUCCAGAUCUAAAUCCCACCUAACUCCUGUGGAGAGAUGUUAAAAUUGCUGUUGGGAGAAGAAACGCUUCAGAUAUUAGAGACCUGGAGCAGAUUACAGAAGAAAAGUGGUCCAGAAUUCCAGCUGAGAGGUGGAAGAAGCUUGUUUAUGGUUAUAGGAAACGACCGAUUUGUUGUUUUUUUUUUUUAGAAAGGAUGUGUGCAACCAAAUAUUAUGUUGAGGGGCAAGUAACGUUGUCUUGUCCAUUUUUGUUUUGCAUGAAAUUAUAUCAGUUAUAUAAAAAAUUCUAUAGCUUCUUAGUCUUUUUGUGUUUUUCCAAAACUAACUAAAUAAACAUGUGUCUAACAAAACAUGUUUAACUGCAAUCAUUUUCUGGAAAAAUGUCAAGGGUGCCAGCACUUUCAGCCGUGACUUUUCUCUUUUUCAAAGAAGGAAAUGUCUGCCAUCGAGACGAAAACCAGAUCGCCCAGCUGCCUUCCUCCACCUCCGCUCUGUUCCCCGUGGUCCUUUCUGACCGGUCAAUCUGUUUCAAGAUGGCUUGGAAGUGCUGAAAUGAUUCGGUAUCUGAGCUGUAAAUUACGGACCGGAGUUGUGGCUCCGCUUCUCCAGCUGUAAGUCAAAGAUCGGAGAUCACAGGAGAGAGAUCAAUAAACACGUCUGCCAGUCAUCUGGAUUCGAUUUUCACAACAUCUGCAAACAUGGACGUCCAGCUGAGCCUCACAGCGAGGUUUCUACAGCCACUGAAGUUGGGCCACGGCCAGCUGAACAUCAGCGGAGCCAGAGUUUCUUUAAGAGGUCAUGAGAGGAACCGAGAGGAGCCGAGAGAGGGGCCGAGAGAGGGGCGAGAGGAGCCGAGAGAGGAUCCGAGAGAGGAGCCGAGAGGAGCCGAGAGAGGGGCCGAGAGAGGGGCCGAGAGAGGGGCCGAGAGAGGAGCCGAGACAGGAGCCGAGAGAGGAGCCGAGAGAGGAGCCGAGAGAGGAGCCGAGAAAAGCCGAGAGAAGCCGAGAGAGGAGCCGAGAGAGGAGCCGAGAGAGGGGCCGAGAGAGGGGCCGAGAGAGGAGCCGAGAGAGGAGCCGAGAGGAGCAGAGAGAGGGGCCGAGAGAGGAGCCGAGAGAGGAGCCGAGAGAGGAGCCGAGAGGAGCCGAGAGAGGGGCCGAGAGAGGAGCCGAGAGGGGCCGAGAGAGGGGCCGAGAGAGGAGCCGAGAGGGGCCGAGAGAGGGGCCGAGAGAGGAGCCGAGAGAGAAGCCGAGAGAGGAGCCGAGAGAGGAGCCGAGAGGAGGCGAGAGAGAAGCCGAGAGAGGAGCCGAGAGGAGCCGAGAGGAGCCGAGAGAGGGGCCGAGAGAGGGGCCGAGAGAGGGGCCGAGAGAGGAGCCGAGAGGGGCCGAGAGAGGGGCCGAGAGAGGGGCCGAGAGAGGGGCCGAGAGAGGAGCCGAGAGGAGCCGAGAGAGGAGCCGAGAGGGGCCGAGAGAGGAGCCGAGACAGGAGCCGAGAGAGGAGGCGAGAGAGGAGCCGAGAGAGGAGCCGAGAGAGGAGGCGAGAGAGGAGCCGAGAGAGGAGCCGAGAAAAGCCGAGAGAAGCCGAGAGAGGGGCCGAGAGAGGGGCCGAGAGAGGGGCCGAGAGAGGAGCCGAGAGGAGCCGAGAGAGGAGCCGAGAGGGGCCGAGAGAGGAGCCGAGAGAGGAGCCGAGAGAGGGGCCGAGAGAGGAGCCGAGAGAGGGGCCGAGAGAGGAGCCGAGAGAGGGGCCGAGAGAGGAGCCGAGAGAGGGGCUAAGAAGAGCUGAAAGGAGCCGAGAGGAGCCAAGAAACUUGAAAUUCAAAUAAAUCCAAACAAAUAAGUGA